AUGAGCGCGAUGUGUUUACCAGUUGCAUCCGGCCCCUUUGUGGUCAAGAUGCCGUUCUGGUCCAUGCUCUCAAUGAGGCCGUCGGGGUGGUCCUCCCCGGCUGCUGCACAGAGUGACUUUGCAGGCUUAACACCGGUCACGAAAUCUCUUCUAUCGGCGCAGCGACAGAGAUGGCUUGUGCUGGUUGUGGGGAACGGCCUUCUGUCGCAUUGGGCCACAGUUUGGAUCUUCGAGGAUGGCGAAGUGUUUUCGGCAGAGUUGCUCGCGCGGCGAGAGCGCUGGGGAGAGAGUGAAUUCCAGAUGCAGAGCAUUCAAGGACACCCUGACCGUCAAGGUGGUAGACCUGUCCUUGAUGGAGGAAACGGUAGGAUACUUAGAAGCUUGAUAGGCACGAACGACCCCAAACUCGUGGAUCGGUGCGAGACUUGCCGCGCAAUCGUCGCAGAGUAUCUCCACCAUUGUGGGUAUGUUAUCAUGGCACAUCAUUACGGGCGCUUCGAGGCUUCUCCCGCCGACGUCUAUGCCAAGGCUGAAGCAGUACCUCUUAAUGGAAGUCAAUACGACAUGCUCUUUCACAACUGCCAGCUGUGGGUCGUUAUGCUACUAUGCGACGGGUACCGCAUUGGAUUCCACGAGCUUCCAACAGCAAUUGGCUGUAUCGUAGCAGGGCCAUUGCUUCUUGUCGUAGAGCUUACUUUUCUGGCUUUAUAUCUUUUCCUACAGCAUUUUCUGCCCCUGAUCUCCGUCGUUUUUGGAGUCACGUGGUUCUCUCUGCUCGUGUGGUUUUCAGUGCUGUACAUCAUGCGAGCACCGCGCCGUUUCCCCUGGGAAGUCAUUGUCGGGGGAAGCAUUCUGCUGGGAAUUCCGGCGUUCGACAGGUCUGCAUCACUUGCAGCUUCUCUUCCGUUCAUCACGUUGGUUUGGGACCUGGUCGUGGUAUACCAGUCGAUGCGACAAACGAAGGUAUUUGAGAGUGGCUUCCUUCUGGUAUGGAACUUCGGAACGACUCUGGUUAGUGUUGGACUCGCCAGUGUGGUUCAGACAUGUUAUGGGGUUCAAUCAGCUCCAGAUGUUGCUUCGCAUGUAUUGGGCACGGUGGCGUCGACAUUGCAUGCAGUAGGCUUGGCUUUGUUCAGUGCUGCUGGAGCUGUCACUUCCUUUCUGCUCAGUGCAGCCAGCAAGUUCGCUUCCAACGUAUUUGGCAACACUGCGUUGCUGUUGUUGGGUGCAGCUGCCCUUGCAGAUUUGCUCUUCAGCCUUGUUUUCCUACAACCUCCACUCACGAUGUUUAGACUGCUGUACCAGCGGUGUCGAAAUCGAGAUGACGACAUGUGA